AUGGCCGGGGAUGGCUGUGACAUCAUCUUUAAGCCUGGCUUCCUUGGAGUCACUGCUGUGCCAGGGCGGCUAAUCGUUUGUUCUGUGUUGGUCACAGCUUAUGCUAAGCCCCUAGUGCCUGUGACGAUGGGUCUGGAACUAGAGGAAAUCUGUUUGGGCAAGAUUUCUGUGAUUCCCAGCCACGGCGCCACACGCUGCCACCCCGUGGCCACCUCCCUGGUGACUGCAGCGACGGCUGUGGCUGGAAGUGCAGCGUGGCCUAACCGGAAGCAUGGCGGUGAGGGGGAUUCUGGGAGUUGUAGUUCCGGGGGGGUUCUUUUGCGCAGUGUUUUGAGCUCUGCCUCCUCGGACCCCACCGUCCCCUGGAAGCUCGCGCAGGGCACCUGCCGCUGUGACCACCUGGACGCAGGUUUUCCUAGUGUCUUUGCAAAAGCUCAGGAUCGGACUUUGUCAGGAAGGUGGGUCCCUCCUCUCAGCACAUCAAGCUUGUUUCUACCCCUGUCCCGAGAGCUGCAGAGGCUGAAGCUUGAGUCCCCACCUGAAGGUGUCUGCUUUCCCACAACAGCAAAGAAGAACCAUGGCCCAGGGGUCACUGUCAUUCGGGGACGUGGCUGUGGGCUUCACCGGGAAAGAGUGGCAGCAGCUGGACCUGGAGCAGCGGACCCUGUACCGGAUGUGAUGCUGGAGAACAACAGCCACCUGCUGUCUGUCGGGUAUCAAGUCAGCAAACCAGCUGUGAUCUCCAGUUUGGAGCAGGGGAAGGAGCCAUGGAUGGAGGAGGAAGAGAUAAGGAUGUGGAGCUUCCCAGUUAAAAUAUGGAUGGAUGGCGAGGCCUCCCAUGGUCGAUCCAUGGACACAGGGAUCCACACGCCUUCUCUUGCUCUCACUAGCAGAAUACGGUGCUGCCAAUCAAAAGUCGAAUCAAUGCAAGUAAACAAUCUGCAAUUUUCACAAGUUAUAGUUUGGGAGUCUGGUUUAAUAACUAUAUUUCCUAUGACUAACAUAUAAGGGGGUUUUACACAACUUUGUAAAGGAACUGUUAGACUGGAAUUUAGGUUGAUAGAGUAAAAUGUCUUAUAAUCUCUUGUUUCUAUAGUUUGGUUUCCAGACCAAAUUUUAAGGUGGUAUGAAGCCACAGUAAGCCUCCAUAAUUUUGGAUGUUUAGGACCAAAAACAAGACUUAUUAUUUUUGGUCUUGGAGUAGAGAUUCCCUUUUCUCCCCCAUUUCCAAGGGUAGAAAGACUGUAAUUUUUUGUGCCUAUGUUUGUCUACAUUUUCUGUUAAGUCACUAUCAACAGUUGGACUCACUAGUGCACUGGGACAGAAUUGAGUUUGUCCUGUGCAAUCGUGGUAGAAUUGAUCUCGAGGUGUCCAAUCUAUAACAGUUCCAAACGUAUUAUUUUGUAAAAUUACGGCACUAUCGGCCACACAUUUUUCCCAAACUAAAUCUCUUGUUUUUAUGGAAAUCUCCUUGGGGCAAGGUUUUCCUUUUGGCCUAAAUUUUAAUGAUCUUUGAUAAGAGAAGUCUUGUAAAUAGUUUAUCUGUGGUUUGAGUGACAUUCCGCUUACCAUGUGAUAAGUAAAUUUACAGGUGGGAUUGAGAGUAGGUACUUCUACCAACCAAUUUUGGAUAUUAGGCAUUAAACAUCCUGGUGCUUUCCCUAGACAUAUAGGAGGAUAAUGAUACCUAAUGGAAAUAUUUAUCAUCAUUUUUUCUUUCUCCGGUUUGGCAGGGCAACGAUCAUCUGUGGGACCAGCUACCCACACACUAUUAUUAAUAUAUACUUCAGUAGGAUUAUCCAUCCAUGUGGCUGCCCGAAUUAAGGGCGGGAAAGGCACAUA